CGAAAGGGAGGAUUGAAGCAAGAUACUCAAUCACCAGCAGGACUCUGUGCAAUUAUGGAGGUCACCAAGUUUGUCGUCUCGGGGCGUGAAAAGGCGAAGCUCUUCGGGGACUAUGCGACCUACCGGACGCAGCUCUCAAAUCGCAUCCACAAUCUCCGAAAGAAACUGGGAAUCGCAACCAAACCCCGCGCAAAGUACACCCCCAAGGCCCCAGUGACGGCGGGGGACAUUGGUCGCAAUCAUGAAUAUGUGCACCUACUUCUGCUCACCUCGGAGCGUGCCUGGGCGAAUGCCAUGUCCAUGCGGGAGGUGCAUUCUGAAGAGACGAAAGGAAUGACUGGCUCAACUCGAUCGCAUAUAAUAUCCCGACUGCACAAAGCCGCAACUUACGCAAACGAUCUAUUUCGACUUCUGACUGAUCAGACCCAAACUGGCGCGACUGUUGGGGAUAUUCUUGAAGCACGUGCGUACGCCGCCUCACUCACCGGGGCCAGGGAGUUCGAAAGACAAAGCUGGGAAGCGUGUGUGAAGAGCUACUCGGAAGCUAGAAUAAUAUAUAACGCCCUUGCUACAUCUACAAAAAGUGACGUCUUUAGAGACCUGUUGUCGGACCCCGUCGAUCCUAGUAUACGAUAUGGCGCGUACCAGAUGAGACUACCUCGAACUGUUGCCAUACCCAUGAUUGCGCGGAAAUUCUUCCCUCAUUCAGAUUCGGAGUUGGUAUCGCAGGUAGAGGAAUUGGACCCGGAUGUGCUGAGUGACCAGCCCAAGGCCAAGUCAGCAGCCGCAGAAGCGGGAGCUGCGCCAAAGACUAUAACGUGGAGGUCUCGAGAGGUCGAUUUGGAAGAUGCUGCAAUAGCUACGGCAUUGGCGUCAGUGAACGCUGCAGCGAGAAAAUUAUCAGAGACAUUAGCCUCUUCGACAACUUCCCAACCCAAAGACCGAGCGUCGGCUUAUGAUGAUAUACUUAUUGCAAGCCAGGAUGCAGUCGAUGCAACAAAACAUGCAAUCGACGAACUAGUAUCCGAAGGUGUAGGACAAGGUGAUAGGCGGAUGCAAAGUUUACAAAUCACGAGAACGGCAGUCAGUUACGAUAUGGUUAGUUGGCGAAUAGGACGGAAUAGGGUGCUGGUCGGAGAACGUGACGGCGCAGUGUUGGACGACUCAAGCGCGAACCUACCAAAGAAGAAGAACCGCAACAAGCCAUUGAAAGAGGAGGGUACAGGACGGAAACUAGCUCAUUUACGAGAGAAAGCGGUGCUCUACGAUUCAAUCUUGCAAAGUUUGGACUCGAUCAAAGAGCUUCCAGGAAUUGCGGCCGAUUCAGCAUUGCUAGAGGAGUUGGAAGCAAAAUAUGGCUACUUCUCCGCCCUGAAAUGCCUCACUAUAGCACGCUCCCACGCCUUACUCUCAAACCCCAAAAAUGCCCUAGCUCUGCUUGCUCGCGCGUCAGAAAAGUGCAACGCAGCACACGCCUACCUCUCAUCCGCAAUGGAUGCCUCCUCUUCAUCCCCACCCAACAUCUCUGUUUCUCCCUCCGAGGUGCAAUUCUUGCAAGAUCUCCUCGCAGGCGAGGUGCAGCGUUACCGCGCUUUAGUUGAGCUCUUGAACCUCAACGAGGCCGCUCAGAAGAGCGAAGAAGGCAACAACAAAACACCGCUCGUAGAGCGGUUAAACGAGUACCCAUCCAAAGGUGUUGAUUUGCAGAACUUGGUGCAGUGGCCACCGAAGUUAGAGCCAGUACCGGUAAAGCCGUUAUUCUUCGAUGCGGCUUGGAAUUACAUCGAGUAUCCGGGCAGACAGGUUGGAAAUGUGGCGGUAAAUGGGGCCAACGAGGAGAAGGCAAAUGCCGGCAAGGAGCAGACGCAGCAACAGAAGAAGGGAUGGUUUGGGUUUGGUAGAUAACCGUGCCGUAUCCGUGAAUCAAAGGACUCUGUUGCUGAAGAUUACUCCUUGAGCCUUUUUACAAUGCAUAGGAUACCACCAAAUCAAAAACACCGACACGUCUUGAGAAAUCGAAUCAAAGUUGGCAUAAUUCAUGUUUAGCGCUAAUAUCAAAUCGCACCCAAAUCCUGUGUUUCCAAAAACCAGGUCUUAUGGUAUGGUAACCGGCCCAAAACGCUGUCAAACC